AUGGUACGCGAAUUGCCGGUGACCCUGGAAGACAUAAAACGAAAUGCGAAAAAGGACAAAUUCGUAACAGAAAUGAAAAGAAUGCUGUGGACAGGAAAAGUAAAUAAGAACAGGAUUGGUGCAAAACGAAACCAAGACAUGAACCUAUAUUCAAUUUAUGAUGGCGUACUGAGAUAUGCACAGAGAGUAGUAAUACCUGAAACACUGCAAAAGAAAAUGUUGAGGGAAUUCCAUGAUGGAUAUUCUAGUAGUUCGAGGGUGAAAGCUUUAAUGCGUAGCUACGUGUACUGGCCAAAAAUGGAUAGAGAAAUAAAAAAUUUAGUGAAAGGCUGCAGAGGAAGAGCUCUAGCGACAAAACUAUCGACGAUAAGAAGUGAACCUUGGCCAAAAGUAGAUGUUCCGUGGUCGAGAUUACACACCGAUUUCGCUGCUCCCUUAAACGGUUCAUAUUACAUAGAGAUAGUAGAUAAUUUCUUUAAAUGGCCAGAAAAUUGUAAGUGUAAAAAGCCAACCUCCUCUACUACGACAAACUUUCUACAUGAGCUGUUUGCAAGAUUUAGCGUCCCAGACACGAUAGUAUCUGACAAUGGAACGCAGUUUGUGAGUUUUGAGUUUAAACAGUUUCAUAAAAUGUUCGCUGUUGAACAUGUAACUAUGGCGCCAUACCAUCCCAGAUCUAAGAACGCUUUGUCAAUACGUUCAAGAGAGCUCUAA